UGUUUAUAACAUCUAACGAUAAUCGGGCUAACGCCGACGACAUAUACGACAACACAAUGGAGGCCAUUGUGUCGGACGGGUCGGUGACCAUCACGUGGGCCGAACUCGAUCGGACCAAGACCAACGGCCAGAUCAUAUCGUACGACUUUCAAUACCACGAACCAACUAAAAACAGGUCAGAGGCCAUUCCGGGCGGUCGCGGGUGCCUAAAUCACUGGGAAUACAUACUGGCCAACCGUAGUUUGACCCUGCACAAUCUGACCCACGGCCUGAAUUACUCGUACCGGCUGCGGGCCAACUCGAUCCACGGGCCCGGCCAGUGGACAGAUCAUCAUUACUUUUACAUACCCAACGGUUGGUCACUAGAGAACCAAACCGUUACAAUUGAUCCCGAUUUUGACCCCAUUGCCGAUUCAGACUCGAAGCUAAUCAUAUACAUUACGGUCGGCCUGACUGUCGUGUUCAUCGGUUUCGUACUGUUGGCCACCGUUUGCUACUUAAAGGCCCCGAAGAAGUCCAACUCACUAUUGGAGAUCAUAUCAGUUAAUCCCGAAUACGAAAAGUUUAUCGUUGAUCCGGAAUACGAGGUGAACUCAAAGGACUUGAAGACAUUCCAAGUGCUCGGCGACGGAGCGUUCGGACGGGUAUACUAUGGAGAGCUGCGGACAAACAAUAAGGUCAUCAAAUGCGCGGUCAAAACGUUAACGUCGGCCAAAGGGGCCCAACAGAGGGAGUCGUUUCUCAAAGAGGCCAAUAUUAUGAAGGCUUUCGUCAACUGCCACCACAUCGUCAAACUGAUUGGCAUCGUAUCGGUGGAGAACCCGGUGCUCGUACUCAUGGAAUAUAUGGUGAACGGCGACCUCAAGAACUAUUUGCGUCUGAAUCGACCCGACAGUGAUGAGAACCCGAACCCACGGGUGCCCACCAUUAGUCGCAUAUUUCAGAUGGCGAUCGAGAUUGCGGACGGCAUGGCAUACUUGGCCGCCCGCAAGUUUGUUCACCGAGAUCUGGCCGCACGUAACUGUAUGGUGGCCGAGGAUUUGACAGUUAAAAUUGGCGACUUUGGCAUGACCAGGGACAUUUAUGAUGCCGAUUAUUACAGGAAAAUGAACAAUUGUCUAAUACCUGUGCGCUGGAUGUCUCCCGAGUCGCUGAAGGACGGCCUGUUCACCACCUAUUCAGACAUCUGGGCCUACGGUGUGGUGCUCUGCGAGAUCGUUACGCUCGGCGCCCAACCCUAUCAGGGCUACAGCAAUGAGUUGGUGCUUAAGAACGUGAUCAAAGGCAUGCGCCUCCCGGAGCCCGAGAACUGCCCCCGAAAGCUUUGGCGAAUAAUGCAAUUCUGUUGGCGCCGACACCCGAAGGCCAGGCCGUCGUUCACGGAGAUCACGGAAUACCUGCUGCCGCUGUCGAACCAGUCGUUCAAAGAGAAGUGCUAUUACCUGAACAACAGCACCACUAAGACGUUUGGCAGCAGUGGUGUGAAGCGGCCCAAGAAGUCGUGGUACGCGUGGAUGACCACCAAUCGGCUGAUACUCAACGAUCUGAAACCGGGCGCAGAGAUCGUCGACGACACCACACAAUACUGCCCAAUGAGUCCAGUGAUGGACGACAGCGGCGGUGGCGAUGAUGACGACAACCAGAGGGACAGCGGUUUGGUCGCCGAUAUGCGGACAACCGGUGACGAGCUGUCGGAACAACACAUUAAGUUUCUCAACAAAUUGAACGAAGAGAAGACUCUGGAGGUCGACGUGUCGGACGACUCGAUGAACAAACUGGUGGUUAUCUGCGAUGACAAUCACCGGCGGCCACACAAUGGCGCCAAUAAUAACAAUUAUGUUGUCCGCCAUAAUCGGGACCCGAAACUGAUUGUC